AUGAAGAGGAAAAUAUGGCUGUAUAUGGCAGAGUGGGAUCUGGAGAUCGCAAUUCUUCUGUCUCAACCGAGAGUUAUGGAUCGAACCUGCUGUUCCGUGAGGCGUCCAUAUCUAUGGCAAAAUCUAACUCUCCAGCGAGUUGUGGCUCACGUUGAACUUUUCAAACUCGUGUUUGAACGUCGAGAUGGCAGCCGGUCGUGGCUAGAGAAUGGAAUUCGAAUGUGGGAACAAGUGCUGCCACAUGAUCUCAAAUAUUCGACUGGGAAACUCCAAUCAGAUGGACCAGAAGGAAAAUUCCACCGGAUGUAUACUCUUGUUGCUAAGGUCACUGCGCAUAUCAGUCCAUUGGUACCCAGGCCAGGAAUGACCUUUGUCAAACCAGAGGAUAGGAGUGCUGUGACCGGCCAUUGCUUAUCGCUGGUGGAAUACUUACGGGACUUGAUUGAGCUGUUGCGGGUACAGGAGAUCAGAAUGUUGUUUCUCUCUUACUAUAUUUUCACAUCAAUUGCAAUAUUGUGCCAAGCACACCGCUUGGCGCCCGACAACCAGCUGACGGAGGUGGUUACUGAGAAAGCUCAGUGGGGGUACAACUAUUUGCUCAAGUCCGAGGCUACUUCCAACUUGGCAAUGGCACUCAUACCGGUGCUACCUGAGAAUGUCGAGUGCUCACAGAGUCGGGCAAGCCCUACUGAAGAUUCUGAAGCAGAACACUCCACCGAAAGCGUGGAAAUGACGGCAACAAUCCCCAGUAUGAACACUGAGAGUUUCUUUGAUACCUUACGUUCGGAAGAGCUUGAUGAAUUGGCAGGUGAAUGGCAACAGGGAGUCCUUAGCUCUAAUGAGGGUGCAUCAAGAAACCCGUAG